AUGUCCGUUUCUUUUCUUAGACCAGAUCGACAUGGUAUAAAGCAAAUUAUUGAACAUUAUGGACCGUUAGGACUUAUAGAAAAUAGGACUUGUGACGACACUCAUUACCCAGACAUCUGCGCGUUCCAUUAUACAGAGUCUGGAGAUCAGACCCUGACAUGUGACCCCAAGGUUUGUGGCUCGUCCGCAGUUCAAAUAGCUUCUGUUGAUCCUAAAAUGGGAAAAGCCGUGACAAAGUGGAAACUGUUGUCAAAAGAACAGAUCGAUCAAACAGUUCAAAAGGCCGUCAAAACCAAUCUGGAAAGAGGAUUUAGUUUUUUUUUCCUAAGGUGUGGAGAAAUUUUCCAAGUGCUCAGCUUUCCUCCGGUCUUGAAGAAAGUCGACGGCGGCAAAAAGAGAACUAAAAUCAAUUUAAAUGUGAUUCUGUUAGACUCUAUCUCCAGGCCGCAUUUUUACCGAAUUCUUCCAAGGGCUGUAAAGGCUCUGCACGAUAUUUCACACAAUCCUAAGAUUCAGGCUACCGCCUUGGACUUUGAACUUCUCCAGAGCAUCGGACAACAGACAUUUGAAAACAUGAGGCCAUUCUUCUGUGGCGUUGUCGAAGGUUAGUUGAAGAAAAUACGUUUAAAACUGAAUGGUGUGAGUUAUCCCAUCUUGUUGGCUAAGAAUUCUUUACGUUGUACUUAUGACCACAUGAAGAGGACAGUGAUCUUCCCAAUAAUAGACACUAUUUAAGCAGCAGUCGAAAUGAGUCACUAACUCCAUUAAAUUGUGUUCAUUACUGCGAAGAUCACUCUCAUAUUAAUCUAUUAUCGGCAGUUAACAUAUAUGAUUUCCAUAAAUUCACAGACAUUGAUAAGAAAUUGUCUUUAACGUUUUCAGACGAUAACAAAGUUACUGCCUCUGCAAAAAACACCAAAGCCUCCCUGGGUGUGGAGGUGUUGUAUGGGACCUUCAAGAAAUGGGGCUACCAGACGUUCUUUCAAGAGGAUCUUUGUUGGUAUGAUAUUUGGGGGAGUGCUUUAACAGACAUUGGUAAAAGGGAAACACCUCAGUCGGAUUCUGAGUUCAGAGAAAGGUAACAACCUGGUCCAUGCUGCAUGUUUGAUUCUGUAAUGAUGCUUUGUUUGAUACAGGUGUUAAGUAGGUUUUUAAGGUAAUAGGCCAUUUUACAGUUAUGUACUUAGUUGCCAAGCCUUUGAUUUGGAGUGAGGCUGAAGGUGACCUUUUUGUGAUAGAGACCAGUAUCUAGUUAGCAUGAUAACAAAGUAAUUUGCAUUUGAAAAGCAGCAAGGUUUGUAUCGUAACAAGGUCACCCUAAGCCUCAUUCCAGUUCAAAGGCUUGGCAACCAAGCACACAACUGUAAAAUGGACUAUUGUUAGACUGUUUCUGCUGAGCACAAAGGUUCUUAUAAUAUAUAAGAGCCUGUGGCUGACUAACUAUAGCUUGAUUGAGGCUUGUAAGAUUGAAUUUUAGUUGAAGAUCUCGCCAUGUACACCUUAGUAUGAAGUUAGUAAAUAUGUGCCUAUAGAGUUUGACUGAUACCAGGCAAGUUAAGUUCCACUGAAUAUUUUUACCUGGAUGGGUUUCUGUGUGAGUGCACACAACAACCAAAGAUCUUCGGGGCAGAGUCAGUAUUCAGUCAAGACCACUUACGAAAAUAAAAUCAUACUAAGAACUUAGUAAUAAAAUAGUGCUUUGCUUAUUGAAUUAUCCUAAGAAGUUAAAAAGCAACUUUCAUUACAGGUGGAAGGAAUUUCAAGACAAGGUGGCCAAGAAACAAAUCGACCAUCAGGGUAUUACGCACUUUUCAUGCACGGCGUUAGAAAAGAUUCUGAGAAGGACCAACCAUUUUGAUUUUCCCCAGAAAAUCUGUUUAAAUGGCAGGUUUUACAGUUGGUAUUUCAUGGACUACAUAACAAAGGUGUACACGGCUCUUAGAAGCGACGAAGAAGCCAAACCUUUGCUUUCCUACACACAUUUUAAUACUGGACACGAGACUAAUGGUAAACGGAUGAUCAAUAUGGACGCCAACAUUGCCAAAUUCUUCAAAGAUAUGGCUUCUUUCUCUAAUACCCUUACGUUGACAUUAUCCGACCACGGUCACACAAGGACUCCGUUUCGUAACACAAAAGAGGGAGGCAAAGAGUUGUACGAUCCAGUAUUCUUUAUGAUUGUUCCUGAUGGCGUCAGGGAAAAACUUGGUCCACAAAGGACGAACGCGCUGAUCACCAACCAAAAGCGCCUUUUCGCGCUUAAAGAUGUACACAAAGCGUUCAUGAGUUUGUAUGAUCCUCAAAACAUGGACUCUGAGGACUAUUCAGUGACAGGAAUCUUCUCAGAGAUUCCACCAAACCGCACAUGCGCAGACCUCGAUAUGCUUCCCUUGACCAGAUGUAAAUGCGAAGGUUUUGAUGAAGAAUUUGAGGUCAAAGAAAAUGCAGAUGACUACAAGUGGCUGGCAGAAUUUGCAGUUGGACAUAUAAAUAAUGCAAUACAAAGGCGACAUAGGGAAGGUAAGAUGUAAAAAUAAUGUCCGUGAGAAAACCGGAAGGAACUAAGCAGGAAGGGUGGGGAGGGGGAGGGGGAGGGGGAAGGGGUGAUACUGCUUUAAUAAGUGAUUAGACUUAAACUGUAUAUUUGCCUUAGCUUAGAGAACUUAAGUGAUGACCUAACUACCCAUGUAUAAAUAAUAACGAAUAAUGGUUGCUCAGUAGAGAUCUUUAAUGUGUCAGUGCUGCAAUUUGAGUAUAACCACCCUCUGCCCGUAUUUCGCCACGGACAUUCUCGUAAAUGUUGCAGCUUGUUUUCAAGUAGAAGUGUUCAAUCGUUACCCAUGGCGACCUAAGCUCAACUAGACUUCUCUCCUCUCUUUUCAGGUGGUGCUAACUCAUCUGAAAGUUAUGGCUAUGGAAACUGUGAACGCUUAGUUGGAAAAUCGUUUUCAAAAGUGAUCAAACGUUUUCGAAGAGAAUUUAUCGUAACGAGUAUGGACAUUCACGUGUUUCCCCCAACCGGAUAUAACGAGGAUGAAGUGUUUAGAGUCUCUGUCAAACAGUUCGCUGAACCGAAAGACGGAGUAUUUUUUAUAAAUUCCAUAAGAGUGACGACUUACAGCAAGUUUGCGCCUUGCGCCGACAAGUCAGUCGACAUCAAGCUUUGCACAUGCACCAAACAUCAAACCUCUGACCUCACUAAGAAAGGAGUGUUGUUUGAGAAUGGUGUUCCGAGGAAAAUGUUUGGUUCGGAAACAAUUGUAAAGGAUCUGGACUCCAACUGUUUGUUAUUCUUGAGACGAGAUUAUGGAACGUUCUCUUUUGUAUUAGAAGUAGCCAAUGUUUGCACAAAUACGACUUAUAAAUUUACCAUGACAGGCUCAACGGAUCAAAGGGUUUUCACCAAUACUUUGCCAAUCUCUCUUGAGUUACCUCCCAAAACCUUUCAUUUUCUAACAUCUGUUUCCAAGUAUGUCGUAAAGGUAGAUAGCGACCUUAAUCUAAAAGCAAGCAUACAAGUUAAAAAUGAGGAAUCGGAUACCUUUGACAGUUUAGGGACUAUUGGGGUUUCCUAA